AUGGAGACUCCCGGCAAAGUGCAAAAUAGGCUAGGCCCAGCAAGUACCGCACAGCCCGGUGAGUCUCAAAGUGAGAAGAAAGUUGAGAAAACCCCAAUAGACGUUAGACCUUCACCCUUAGUGAACCAUGCGUACGUUCCGUUUCCUUCACGCCUCAAGAACCAGAAAUACUCAAGGGAAUACGGGCAGUUUUUGGACAUCUUCAAGCAAUUGAAGAUUAACCUUCCAUUUAUAGAGGCACUCCAACCAAUGCCCAAAUACGCGAAGUUCUUGAAAGACCUCCUUAGGAACAAAGAGAAAUUAGGAGAGUUGUCUAACGUCCCGUUGAAUGGGGGAUGUUCCGCCGUGGUGUUAAAUAAGCUUCCCGAAAAGCUUACCGAUCCCUGCAUUUUUACCAUUCCUUGUCUAUUCGGUAGCAACACCAACACUCGAGCUUUAGCCGACUUAGGUGCUAGCAUCAACUUGAUGCCCUUUUCUCUUUAUGAGAAGCUAGACCUUGGAGAGCUUGCACCUACCCGAAUGACAUUGUCCUUAGUUGAUCGGUCCGUUAAAUACCCUAGGGGUAUAGUUGAGAACUUGCUAGUUAAGGUAGACAAAUUCGUGUUUCCCGCCGAUUUCGUAAUUCUUGAUAUGGAAGCGGAUUUGAGAGUUCCCAUUAUACUAGGUCGUCCUUUCUUACGUACCGCGAAAGCUCUCAUAGACGUUUACGAUGGUAAGAUCACCCUUAUGGUCGGUGAGGAGAGAGAGUCACUUUUGAUAUAG